AUAAAUAUUUCCCUUUGUCAUUGAGGUAAGGAGGAGGAGGAGGAAGAGGAAGAAGAAGAGAAAGAGGGGGGAGGAAGAUGAUGAAGAGUAGGAAGAGGAAGAAGAAGAGAAAGAGGGGGAGGAAGAGAUAGAGACGGAAGAGGAAGAAGAGAAAAGGGGGGAGGAAGAUGAUGAAGAGAAGGAAGAGGAAGAAGAAGAGAAAGAAAGGGAGAAAGAUGAUGAAGAGAGAACGAGGACGUGUGUUUACCUGCCCUCCGUGACGACCAGGUGGAUACAGAUGAAAGAAAAAGAAAAAAAAAUCCCUAAAAACGUUAAGUAAGGGAAGGCGAGAUGAACGUGAAGUGAAAGAACGAAAAUAAAACAAAGGAGAAAGACGAAAAAAUAAGAAGCGUAUUGGCAGUUAGAGAAAGAAAAAGGGAAAAAUCGCAAAUAAAGGAAAGAUUACGAGAAAGAAAAGAAUGGUGGAUGGCGGAAGAGGAGAAGUGGAAAAAGACGGAGAGAUGAUGAAGGAGGAGAAAGCAAAGAACGAAAUGCCAAAAAUAGGAAAAGGAAAAUAGGAAAUGAAUCAGGAAAGGAGCGAGAAAAAGAUGCAUUAUGAACUGAAGGAAAAGAAGAAUAAGAAGGAAAAGAAGAAAUCACCCCCAGAAACCUAAUGAAUUAUAUUGUAUUCGUAAAAAAGAAAAGGAAAAUAGGAAAGGAAAAUAGGAAAGAAAUCAGGAAGAGGGUUAGAAAAAGAUCCAUUAUGAACUGAAGGAAAAGAAGAAUAAGAAGGAAAAGAAGAAAUCACCCACAGAAACCUAAUGAAUUAAAUUAUAUUCGUAAAAGGAAAAGGAAAAUAGGAAAGAAAUCAGGAAAGAGGGUGAGAAAAGGAUACAUUAUGAACUGAAGGAAAAGAAGAAGAAGAAGAAGUCAUCCCCAAGAAGCCUAAUGAAUUAAAUUAUAUUCGUCUUAAGAAAAAAAGCGUGUGAAGGAAUUAAUAAGGGAACGGGAAAGUUUGUGAAAGGGCGAACGGAAAGUGAAUGAGUGCGGAAAACUAAUUGUGAGAAGGAAGAAGAAUUUGAUUAGGGAGUUAAAAAGGGAAUGAGAAGAAAGUGAGAAAGGCGUGAGAAAUGUGGGACGAAGUGUGAAAGAUAAACCAAAAAAGGGAAUUAAGACGAGAAGAAAAGGAGGAGGAAAAGGAAACCCAUAAAAAUAAGACGCAGAAUUCACCUUAAAAUAUUAAAAAAAAAAGUAUAUAAAUGCCUGAGAAAUGUUCGACGAAGUGUGAAAGAUAAACCAAAAAAGGGAAUUAAGACGAGAAGAAAAGGAGGAGGAAAAGGAGGCCCAUAAAAAUAAGACGCAGAAUUCACCUCAAAAUAUUAAAAAAAGUAUAUAAAUGCCUGAGAAAUGUUCGACGAAGUGUGAAAGAUAAACCAAAAAAGGGAAUUAAGACGAGAAGAAAAGGAGGAGGAAAAGGAAACCCAUAAAAAUAAGACGCAGAAUUCACCUCAAAAUAUAAAAAAAAAAUAUAUAAAAGCCUGAGAAAUGUGGGACGAAGUGUGAAAGAUAAACCAAAAAGGGAAUUAAGACGAGAAGAAAGGAAGGAGGAGGAAACCCAUUAAAAUAAAGCGCAGAAUUCUCCUCGAAAUAUUAAAAAAAGUGUAUAGAAAGUGUGAGAAAUGUGGGACGAAGUGUGAAAGAUAAACCAAAAAGGGAAUUAAGACGGGAAUAAUAGAAGGAGAAAGAGGAAGCGCUGGAAAAUAAAACGCAGAAUAUAUCCAAAAAUAGUGUUUAGAGAGACGGAAGAAUUUAUGAAACAACAAUAAAGAAAAAAAUGUGAAGAAUUCGAAAACAUGUGAAUAGAUUAAAAAGAAGUGCUAGAAAAAAAACUGAGGAAACAACAACAACAACAACAAAAAAAUAGUGGAAAGAGAAAAAAACAAAACACAAUUGAAUAGAAAACGAAUGAAAGGAAAACUAAGAACACAAGAAAACAGAAAAAAAUGUAGAAAAAGAACACAAAUUUUAUAAAACAAGAACAACAGUAACUAAAAACAAAACAAAACAAAAAUAUAUAUACAUCAGAAAAUUGAUAAAUAAAAACAACAAAAACUAACAAAACAGACGAGCAAAAAAAAAAAAAAAAAGCAACAGAAAAAAUCAAGAAAAAUCAGUAACACCAGAAAAUAAAGAAAUACGAGACAAAACAAGGACCAGAAUAAGUGACGAAAAUAGAUAAAUAAAAAACAAGCAAGAAAAUAAAUAAAGAAAACGUCAACAACAACGACAACAACAACAACCCCAAGCCAAGACGUAAUUCAUCUUCCUCUGACGUCAUCGCUUGCGUCACCACCACGUCACUGAGGCCGACACAUGACCUUACCUGCCCGAGAUAUAAGGGCGGCAGGGUGAGGUGACGGCAGCCCCCCACCCCCCCUCCCGCCCCCCUAAGGAAUGGACACUCCCCCCCCGACCCUGCUAGCGCCCAGGACCAACGGCGUGGGCCGCGGGGUCACUCUCUACGUGCUACUGGCGGGGCUUGUGGGCGGACUCCUUGUGGUGCUGUCUGUACUCAUCUUCUGUCGAUUCUGUCUGCCCGACCCUGAGAAGACUGACGGCGAAGGCUUAGAGUCCUCCAGCGGCCAGGACGAGGAGGGGUCCAUCUCUAGGGUCCCCGUGACGCGCAAGUCCAGCACCCACUCGGACCACUCACGUCUGUCCUUCUCCUCCCCGCGCUCCGGGCGUGGCGUGGAGGUCGCCGAGCACCGUAGACUCAGCAGACAGUACAGCCCGGCCUUGUAUCUGCCAGGUAUCCCGGAGAGCAAGGUGAUCCAGGAAGGGAAGGGCGUAGCAGAGGUCAAGGAAGAGGGCCCAGGAGGAGGAGGAGGAGGAGGAGGAGGAGGAAGACUCAGACACGCUUCUUCCAGGAGCAGCCGCAGCGGCAAGAGGAGCCAGCGGUCGCCGCCCGUCCAGCGGCAGCGGUGCAUCCAGCUGGAGGGCGGCCAGGGCGAGGAGGACGGCGCCGGGGCGUCCCAGGGCAGGGCCGCCUCCCGCCCGCACCCCCCGCCCGGCCCCGACGCGCGGCCCGCCCACUUCGAGGGUGACGGCCGCGUGUUGGCCACCUCGCCGCCGCCGGAGGUGCCGCUGGUGGUGGUGGCCACAGCGGAGGGCGGCACCCGCACGCAGGCGCUGGGCCGCCCCCGGGCACGCCUGCACCAUCCUCUCGCGUACAGCCUGAGCAGCGGCGGCGGGGAGCUUCGCGACCCGCCGCCCCGCACCCACGCCUACCACAAGUACGGCAGCGCCAGCUUUGACCUGGCGCGGCCCACCCGCCACGAGGGGGCGCGCGCGGCCUUCCACACCACCCGCAGCAGCUUCGAAGGUGACCGCCGCCUCUCGCUGAGCCACGCGGGCGCGCGGGCGGCCGUGGACGUUCUGCAGCCGGUGGUUAGCCUCGAGAAGAGUCCGGGUUCGGCGCGGCGCCUGCCGUCCAUGGAGGCGGGGUCGCGGCCGUGCGGAGAGAGGCAGCUGCCGGAGGCCCUGCCGCGGGGCGGCUUCAGGCGCAGUCGGAGUGAGCGGGUGGGCGGCAGCUCGGCGGGCGCCUCCCCCGCCCGCAGCGAGUCCCUGAGGGUGAGCAGGUCGCGGCCACACCCGCAGGACGUGGAGAUGACGGAGCUGUGCGUCCCCCGCAGGCUGAUGGCCCUCGACGAGUACAGCAGCAGGCUUUCCGCGCGGCCCGGCGCCAGCCCCUCCAGCGGCGCGGCGGAGGUCCCGGUGCUGGAGCCGGUGGUGGGCGGCAGCGCGGGGGCGCGAUACUCUUGGCGAGCGGCGGGCGGCGCGGCGGCGCUCCGGCAGUCUUCGCUGGAGAACACGGAGCUGGAGGAGCUGAUGGAGAACCGGCGGCACGUGGAGCAGCGGCGGCUGAGGCUGGCGGCGGACUCCACCACGCCCUCCGACGAGGACGAGGAGCCCAAGGGGAAGGUGCGCUACAACGACACGGGGAGCCUCGAGCAGGUGACCCGGCAGGUGAAUGAGGAGCUCGCGGACCACCUGGACGAGCCGGACCUCACCAUGCGACACUCCCAGGAAAAGAUCAAGGUUCAGUGUCGCGCCCUGUGGCAGCUCAGAACCACCCUGGAGGAGGAGGACCCCGACGACCAGGACUCAGACUCCGGCAGGAUGGAGAUUCACAGCUCGCCGGACCGUCACUCCCCUGGGCGCGCGUCUGAUAUCGACAACGUGACGAGCGCCACCAGCCACACCACGUCCUUCGAGAGCAACACGGACGCUAUUGUGGCUGGCGAGGGCGUCGGCGAGGGCGUGGCGGGGGUGGAGGCCGAGGUGGUGGGCGUUGCGGAGGCGCCGCGAGAUCGUGUGCCCAGCGAAGUGGAGGUGAGCCAGCCGGCCAUCACGCCCCCGUCUUCGGAGGCGAGACGCACAUCCUACAGGGCCAUCCUCGCUAACAGGCUCAAGCAACUGGACGCCGCCAGCCGGCCCACGCUAUCCUCGGAGAACAGCUUUGACUCCGUGGACACCGAGUGUUCCUCCACCACGGACCUGAGCCGCCCCGAGGUGCUCACCACCAGCUUCGACUCCACGACGGACUGCCCGACGGACUCCACGAGCGACACCCACUCGCACCGCCUGCAGCAGAUGAAGGCCGACAGCGGCUACCGCAGCCUCGAGGCCAACAACGGCCGGCCGCCCAAGCUGAGCAAGAAGCAGAUACACUUCGUGGAGGACAGCCUCGAGGUGCCCGAGGGAGACCCGGAGCGAGACCGCAGCCGCGAACGGCAGCGAGACAUUGACCCUCGCUCCGAUCUCCGCGAGGACCUGGGCGACCCACAGAGUAAGCGUGAGCGCGUCAGGAAGGGCGUGGCGCAGCUGGAGCGUCGAUGGAGCGGCAGAGGUCACACCAAAAAGCGGCGGGAGGCGCUGCGGGAGAGGCACGCCUCGCUGGACACUGCGCUGGGCGGCCCCAUGGGCGGCGGGUCCCUGCUGGGCGUGGGCGGGUCCCUGGAGGGCGAGGGCGCCACCACGGACGAGCUGAGCGGCAAGCGGUCGGUGCUGGCCAGGUUCCUGCGGACGCACCGCUACCCCGCCGCGCACUACCGCCUGCUGCAGCGGGACUACUCCAUCGACGAGAAGUCCGACAGACUGUUCAAGGAGUUCAGCCGCACCGAGGUGCCCCAGGAAUGGGAGCCGCCGGGCCGCCGCGGGCCGAGGCUGUACUCGGGCCGCCGCCUGCACCGCCACCUGGACGCCGAGGGUUCGCCGCGCUCACACCGCCGCAAACUGUCGCCUCAGGACUCCAUCGAGGAGGAGGACCAGGUGGCGGCGGCGCUGUGGGAGGGUGAGGCGUCCAGGCCAGAGUCCCUCGCGGACUCCAUCGGCUGCGAGGACUUGCCGGAGUCCUUCGCCCUCGCCGAGGAGGUGGAGUGACACGCGCCAUGACUCCGCAGGCGCGCGCCGCGCCUCACCGCCGCUAACGCGCCUCGCGGCGGCCCCCCGUGACGCCCCACUCCCCCGCGCCGCGCCAGGCAGUGCUGAAGGGCGUGAGUCCCGUCUGAAGGUCACGUGGCAUAUCUUUUGGUUUAAGAAUCUCGUCGACUAGCUUACUAUUACUAUCGUUACCUCUUCUUCGUGGGACGCGCAGCGCGGGGCGGGGCGGGGCGGGGCGCGGGGGGACGCAGCGCCGAGGCAACAAAGUGAUGAAGAAGACAAUAAUGAACUGAACUGCUGCACAAACAAACUCGCUCGCCCGUCUCGCGGCAGAGCGUGAGCGGAAACUGUGAUAGCGGCGCGAGGGGCGGCGCGCGACGCGGCGGAAAGACAACUGUGUCGACAGGAGGAAGGACGAAAGACUAAACAAGAAGAACAUAAGUUACGUGAAAAUGAGACAAUCUAUAAGAAGCACAAAAUAGAUAGAGACAGAAAAAAGUCGAUGCAAGAAUAGUAUUAAACAAAAUACCUGAACAUAAACCGCACGUGUAAAUGAGAAACAAAACUAUACACGAGUGGAAGGAAAUAAAAGUAACAAACAAACAAACA